CUUCGCCUAUUCUCGAUUUUUAUAUAUAUUUUUUAAUUUAUUAUUGGUUAUUCGAGUUUUAGUACACUUACUGUUGUGUUAGAAAAUUCUGCUUUUUUUUUUUUUUUUUUUUUUAGUGCUUCAUUUAGUUCAUUUUUUUUUGCAAAGUUGGAGAGUUUAAUUGGAAAUUUUAAGAGCCGUUAAUUUUGGUUGACGUUUAGAUUUGGUUAUGCGGACUACCGUCGGCUAGGAUGUUAAUUUUUUGUUGCAAUGCAAUACUAAAUUUGAUGUUAGAUUUUGUAACAAUGGACAAUUAUGGGUUAUGGUUUAUUCAAUUUUUAGCCUUUUUUCGUCACUGAAAAAUUGUGGUUUGGUAAGGAAAUUCAUGAAUUUAUGAUGUCUGAAGGGGAGGAAUAAUACUGUGUAACACCCUGCCUUGUCCAAGUAGGCGACACUACCCAUGGGGUUGCCGACCCACAAACCAACACAAGUGUGCACUUUAUUCUUAUCCGUUGUAAGACUAUUCCACACUGUAUGCACCCUACAAAUGGGCUUCCUAGAAAAAAUUGCAUCUUGUUGAUAUGGUUAGUUGAUCAAUUUUUCUUAAAUCUCCUUUGUUUUCGUAUCAAUCUCAAUUUGGGUAUUAUUGAUUGUUCAUGUAUAGAUUUAUAUUGUAACUACUGCCAGUUGUGUCAUUUGUAAUGUCAUAAAGACUUUCCUUUUGGAUUUUAUUAAAAGUAAAAAACAUGUGCAAUGGUUGAACUUGUUCUACCACAAGAAAUGGUGAAUCAUCUUGACACAUAGAAUCCGGAGCUUCAACACUGUCAACCCUCAAAAUGUAUGGAAGAUUAAACCCCAAUGUCUUUAACAUGUCAAGAUUUUCCAAUUGUUUUUUAUUUGCUUUUAUGAAAGAAACAUUUGACGUACUAAAACGAUCUUUCUUGAUAGCAUUGAAGAUGUCCCUUUGAGGGGGAGCAAUUAUAAACUCACAAGUGCUUAAAAACUGCAACAAUCAUAAAUAGUACAUAACAAAAUAAAAAUCAUGGAAUGAUAGAUUUUGGGAAACAACAACUCAAAAUUAAAUUCGAUUAGCACAGAGGAUUAAUUAAAAUUUAUCAAUGGGUAGAUCAAGUUUAAAUUUAAAUUAAUACAAAAUUUGUUGGUCUAAGGAUUUGCCAAAUAUCCAAAGGUGUGUAAUGAAUAUGGAUUUUAGAUAAUACACUAUCAGUUUGUAAUAUUUUGGAUAUUAUGAUGUAGAAGCUUAGAGAAUAACCUAGAUAAAUUGGGGAAAGGGGAAAGGAGAAAGGGAGAAAGUAUUCAAUUAUGGCCUAUAAUUUAUAUUUUGACCAUCAAGAUUUUUCAUCUCAAACAAGUUUGCUAUACUGUUAUCAAAUAAACAAUGCAAUUUUAUCUAACCAAGACUAUAAUGCUUGGUUACUUGUUGAUUGAUCUUUGGUAAAAUCGUCCCUUAUGAAGUUUGCUCCUCGAUGAGAGCAGUUGUUCUUGUAUGAAGAAGAGUGUAUGGCCAUUGUAUGAACCCGAGUGCAUCCAAGCAUUAUUUUCUUGGUAAGAUAAAAUUGCAUUGUUUAUUUGAUAGCAAUAUUGCAAACUUGUUUGAGAUGCAGAAACUUGAUGGUAAAAAUGUGAGUUAUAGGCCAUAAUUGAAUACUUCUCCCUUUCUCCUUUCCCCCUUUUAUCUAGCUUAUUAUCUAAGGUUCCACAUCAUAAUAUCUAAAAUAUCACAAAUUAAUAGUCUAUUAUCUAAAAUGCCUAUUCAUUACACAACUUUGGAUAUUUGGCAAACCCUUAGAGCAACAAAUUUUGUAUUAGUUUAAAUUUAAAUUUGAUCUAUGCAUUGGUAAAAUUUAAUUCAUCCUCUGUGCUAAUCGAAUUUAAUUUUGAGUUGUCUUCCAAAAUAUAUCAUUCCAUGAUUUUUAUAUUUUAAAUUUGAAAUGUACUAUUAAUGAUUGUUGUAGUUUUUAAGCACUUGUGAGUUUACAAUUGAUGCUCCCCUCAAAGGGACAUCUUCAAUGCUAUCAAGAAAGAUCGUUUUAGUACAUCAAAUGUUUCUUUCAUAAAAGCAAAUAAAAAACAUUUGGAAAAUUUAGACAUGUUAAAGACAUUGGGGUUUAAUCUUCCAUACAUGUUGAAGGUUGAGAGCGUUGAAGCUCCAGAUUCUAUGUGUCAAGAUGAUUCACUAUUUCUUGUGGUAGAAAAAGUUCAACCAUUGCACAUGUUUUAGACUUUUUCUAAAGACUUGCUGAUAAUAAAUGAUAGUAGUGACUUGGUGAGGAUGUAUUUUUAGUACUAGUGUAAUUGUAAACUGCAAUUGAUGUUCAUUAGAAACUAGAAUCAUAGAAUGUCUAGGUUUUUUGAAUUGUUUUGAGUGCUGGCCACCUCAAAAAAAAAAAAAAAAAGAGUCACAAUCGUAUGAAGUAUGACCACAAAACAUACAGCGCCGCUACCCUCGCUUGAAUCUAUGGGGGAUCUGGUUGUCUUAUACCUGCAGGGAAAAGUUCACAAGUUCCAUUGUUUCUCCGUGAAGCGAACUUCACCCCUGUUAUCUGUACACAGCCUCGAAGAUUCGCUGUUGUUGCCGUGGCUAAGAUGGUUGCAGAUAUGGUUCAAAGUGAACUGGGAGACGAGGUUGGAUAUCACAUUGGUCACUCUAAGGUCAUGUCAUCCAGAUCAACAAUUAUCUUUAAAACUGCUGGUGUACUACUGGAAGAAAUGCGGGAGAAGGGGAUACAUGCUCUUAAGUACAAGGCUAUCAUUCUAGAUGAAGUGCAUGAGAGAUCCGUAGAAUCCGAUCUUGUUCUUUUCUGUGUGAAACAAUUUCUUCUCAGAAACAAAGACAUGAGGCUGGUUUUGAUGUCUGCAACUGCUGACGUUUCAAAAUAUAGGGAUUACUUCAGGGAUCUUGGCAGGGAUGAAAGAGUGGAAGUCCUUGCUAUACCUAGUUCCCACCAGCACACUUAUUUCCAACGGAAGGUCCUCUACCUGGAACAGGUUGCUGAACUUCUUGAGGAGAGUCCCGACUCAUCAAACACAUUGUCUGUGAAAUACUGUCAUGGCACAACUCCAUUAUUGGCCAAGGCAGAUAUCAAACAUGACGUGCACAAGCUGAUUCAUCAAUUAGUCUUGUAUAUACAUAAAAAUGAGCCAGACAUUGAAAAGAGUAUUCUCAUUUUUCUUCCUACAUACUAUUCACUUGAGCAGCAAUGGUUUCUAUUAAAGCCCUUUGAUUCGGAAUUUAAGGUCCAUAUUCUACACAGUAGUAUAGAUACUAAUGAGGCUCUGAAGGCUAUGAAGAUAUCGAAGUCUCAUCGUAAGAUUAUAUUAGCUACCAAUAUUGCAGAGUCAUCAGUGACGAUUCCUGAUGUUGCUUAUGUGAUUGAUUCUUGCCGGUCAUUACAAGUCUAUUGGGAUGGGAAUCGAAAAAUAGAUACAUCUGAGCUUAUUUGGGUUUCUAAAUCUCAGUCUAAUCAGCGUAAAGGAAGAACUGGUCGAACAUGUGAUGGUCAGAUUUAUAGAUUAGUUACUGGAUCGUUUUACAAUGAGCUGCCGGAUUUCGAGGAGCCUUCAAUUCUUAAGCUAUCACUGAGGCUACAGGUGCUCCUUAUGUGCUGUGCUGAAUCAAAAUUUAUUAAUGACCCAAAAGCUUUGUCGCAGAAGGCUUUAGACCCGCCAGAUCUUGAGAUUGUGGAGGAUGCUCUGAGCUUACUUGUACGUAUGAAGGCCAUUAACAAAGCACAUCCAAGGGGGCGAUGUGAACCGACAUUUUACGGAAGGGUUCUUUCCAGUCUCUCAUUAUCAUUUGAUGCUUCUGUGCUAAUCCUUAAGUUUGGUAGCGCUGGAAUGUUACGUGAGGGGAUUUUACUGGGCAUAUUGAUGGAUAUGCAACCACAGCCCAUUAUCCGUCCCUUCGGUCAGGAAAAUUUGUUUAUGGAGUAUACGGACUCCUUCUAUGCAGUUAAUGAAGAGAACUCUUCUUUGGCUGGAAGAAAGGAAGUGGUAUUCUUAGCGAAUCUGUGUGCGUAUCAAUUUUGGGAACGUGUAUUCAAGGAUAAGCAUCGGUUGCAGCAUCUUAAAAAGCUUUUGGAUGUUGAGGAUACAAUAGCUCCCCAGGCAAAGCUUUCCAGAAUAGAAGAAGAAUGGUGCCGCUUUCAUAAUUUGCUGUCGUCUUCGAUGAAUCAGAUUUCUGAAGCAUAUAAUGACAUUCUAUGCUCGUUGCAUCGAUAUCGGCCCCAGUUUCUUGCCAAAUCUAGCGGCUUACCCUUUUAUUAUGAACCUUAUGAUUUCAGACAUGUGUGCCUUUUAGAGUGUCAGCCAAGUACUGAUGCUAUUGCUCUUGUUGAGGACGAUGAGCACAAUGAAACAAAGAAAUGUCUUGCAAUGCCAUUUGUAUCCUCAUGCCACUUUCAAUGUCAAAGUGUGGCAGAGAAGUUUGCAAAUAUUAUCAAAGAGAUUCGAAUCCAGCAUGCAGAAGCUUUAAUUGAGGACCCUCGGCAGUUAAUUGAUGAGAAGAGAUCAAAUAUUUCUGGGGAAUCAUCAAUAUGUAGGUAUUAUGUCCAAGGGAAUUGUAGUAGAGGCAAUGAUUGCUGGUUCUCCCAUUCAAUGGAAGGAAAAAGACCAGUGUGCAAAUAUUUUACAUCUUUACAGGGUUGUCGGAAUGGCGACUCAUGUGUCUUUUCUCAUGAGGUUGGUGCUCAAGCUGUUUCAUCUGAAUUAAAUUUAUGUAUUCCAGAAGAGGAGGCUGAUGCUGAAGCUCUUAUCAAAUUAUUUCCAACAUCAUCUAGUGGUCAUAUAUUGGUAUUGGAUGAUACAGACUUUCAUUUUUCAUCAAGCUUCUCUCAACAUUAUAAACCAUCAAAAAUUAUAGCAACAACUUCUCUCUUAGAGACCACUAUUUUUGAUCCAUCACUCUCUGCUGUUCAAAUUUUGUGGGGCAUCCGUGAACCUUUUGAGAUUUUUACCUCUGAAUCAGAUGGAAAAUGUAUUCCUUGGGACAAUUUGAAGCGAAUCUUCUGGUUUCCGAAAUUUGAUAGUUGUGAUGAAAUCUUACAGAAGGAUAAGCGUCUAGUGCAGAAAUUCUUUGAGCAUUUGGCUGUCCGUAUAUUGGCCGAUACACUAUUUGACUUUCAGGUCAUUGUUGUCAUGAACAAUAUCAGGUUCUCCUACCUACAGGUGGAGAAGUUGGGAAGAGAUUGCUUCUUCUUCUUGAAGGAGUCAUUUCAGUUUGAUGAACUAACCUUCGGAGUUCUGCCAGAUUCUGUGCAUACUAAAAAAUCUUUAGUUACAUCCACUUCCGUCUGCUACGUUUUUACUCUGCAUCCACCCACCGACCUGCAAUUCGGAGACUAUACUUCUGCCUUACAUGAUCAACUACACCGAAACCAGUAAAUUAUUGAUCCAUUUUUUGUGAAGUGGUGUAAUUUGUAGAUUUCUAUCAGUAUGUUUUUGUUGCAUCCUUGCCUGUUUGCAAUAUAUUAGCUCUGCCUCUACUAGAAUGGUGCAUUUUGUGACUCUGGUUGUCAUACUAUAAGUUGAGCACUAGUAGAGAAAAUAAUUGCACCAUCUAUAACUAGCCCGUUAUUUUGGCCGUUGGCUUCAUGUAUUUAAACUAUCUCUUUAUCCAAAUUAUACUUCUCGUUCCAA